ACUUAGCUUUCUCCAGUGAGCUCAUUCGUUAUUAGGGGGAGGAAAAAAAGGAUCCAAGAGAUGAGGUAUACAGCAUCGCGAAAAAGGCGUCUUUCUGCCAUGGCAUUUCUUCUCACAUGCGCUAUCUUCACUGGUUUUGGCCUCUUAAUGCUCGCUCUCAAGUCCCUCGAUCCUUCAGCCGCAAUUGCUUUCGCAGCUGAUGGCGUCGAAGAUAAGAACGAGCUCGAACAAGUUCCAGAAAUGGAGUCAAGUGAUCCAAGCGACAAUGGAUCAUCAUCGUGCGCAACGGUCGAAAAGAUGGGCGAGGAUUUCGGCCAAGGGUUUGCGGAGGCAAGUCUAAGGAUAAGAAGUAUAAUUCGGAACCACUUUGCAUUGCAAGGAGCUUCGAGAAUCCGAGGACUACCUCCAGAGCAGUUCUGCAGACAAGGUUUUGUUCUAGGGAAAGCAUCAGAAGCAGGUUUUGGCAAUGAAAUGUACAAGAUAUUAACUGCUGCAGCACUGAGUAUUAUGUUAAACCGGUCCCUGAUCAUUGGGCAAACCAGGGGUCAAUUUCCAUUUGGUGAUUACAUUUCUUAUACCGACACUGCACUCACUUUGAAAGAAGUGAAGCAUCUAUGGAGACAGAAUGAUUGCCUGGGCAAGUAUGGGAGGCGUUUGAUUAUGAGAACUGAUGAUUUCGAGAAGCCUGCUGAAACAAAUGUUCUAUGUAGCAAUUGGAGAAAAUGGAAACAACCCAUCAUAUGGUUCCAAGGUACAACUAAUGCAGUGGCUGUUCAGUUUUUCUUGAAAAAUAUACACCCUGAGAUGAGGAUUGCAGCUUCUGAAAUAUUUGGGCAGCCUGAAUUUCUUCAUUCUAAGCCAAAUGUGUUUGGGGAGCUAAUUAAAAUUAUAAUAUAUCCUUCAAGGGAUGUUGAAGAAGCUGUGAAGUGGGUUCUCAAUGGUGGUGGGGAUCCAGAUAUAGUAUUGCAUAUGCGAAUGCUUAUGAACAGGUCUGUAAGAGCAGUACAAGCUGCGUUAAAAUGCAUAAAAAAGGCCCUUGGAAGUUAUCCGUCACAGGUGGCAAGACCUCGAGUGGUUUUGGUUUCCGAUACGCCUUCUCUUAUCAAAGAUAUUAAACCAUACCUGCAGAAAUUUGCAGAGGUUCUCCAUUUUGAUUAUGAGUUAUUCAAAGGAAACAUUUCUGGUGUGUCCCCAACAAGUAGAGGACAUCGAUUGGAUUUUAGAGUUAAGGACUGGGGCCCAGCCCCAAGAUGGGUCGCAUUCGUGGAUUUUUUCCUUGCAUCACGUGCAAAACAUGCUGUCAUUUCAGGUGCCCAUAGGCGUGUUGGAACCACCUAUGCCCAGCUUAUUGCGGCAUUGGCAGCAGCACAUAGACUUGGUGAGAAUUCUACUGUCUCAAGUUUUGCAUUCUUCAGUAGUUUCCAAAGUAAUUUGUUGUCAGAAGGCUUGCGGAACCAAAUUGGGUGGGGACAUGUCUGGAACAGAUUUGCAGGUCCACUGAGUUGCCAUAGGCAGUCCAACCAAUGUGCUUUCACUCCGCUUCUUCCACCUGGGUGGUGGGAUGGAACUUGGCAAUCUCCUAUUUCACGAGAUGUUCGUAAGAUGGAGGCCUAUGGAAUCGAACUCAUGGAUUUUGGCCAAGUCAAUAAAAGCCAUCUUCAGUCUUUCUGUAAGUCUAGGAAAAAUAUUGUGAAAACUGCCCCAGUGUUCCGCACUUGUUAUAAUACACAUUGUUCUUGAUUAAAUCUUUAUCAUAUUGUACGGCUUUGUGUUUAUGAAAGUGAGAAUCUCAUA